GAGGAAAUAGUAUGCUCUACACGGACUUUAUGAAUCAUCAUAUGGAUUAAGUUUUUCAAGUCUAGAGAUUAUUUGAUAUGAUAUAAAAUAUAUGUGCAUACAAUGGAUGACUGAUUAGCGUGGAUUAACAAGAUUAAAGGAAUGUCUUCACAACAAACCGUUUACAACCCGUUAGAAGGAUUUAGAUGUGCUUACCACAUGGACCUACCAGCUUAUUUGAAUGCCUCCAACCGUUACAACUACACGUCCACUCCCAAUGGACUAACAAAUGGAGAUGGUCCUUUAGUGAGGGAAUCCUAUGUUAAAGACAUAAAGAAGACCAUUGAUUAUGAGAACAAUGUCGAUGCCAAUCAAUAUGCAGUCCCAAAUGGACCAUCUGCACAUUGGGCACAUUAUCCAUUUCACGUUACUACAACAAGGCCUCUUGAGGACAAAGAUAAAAUCCCUGACAUUGCCAACUUAGAAAGUCUACUGAAUAAUCUAUCCACAGAAUUUGACAAGAGGGCAGUAGACCUCAGUAAAGAUGAUGGUAUAUUUAGAAAUCAGAGCUCUUCAAUCUCAUCACUGUCUUCCUCUGUACAGGAGAGUAUUCUUGGGACCAAGGCAAACUGGUCCUGGAUUGCAAAUAUGGUCAAAUGUAUGGAUGUUCAUUUGUAUAAUGCUGCAGCUUACCACCAGUUCAACAAUGAAAUCCAGGAGUAUGAAAAUAACCUACAUGACAAACUUACAAAGCUUGCUCAGGUGUUUGAUAAAGAAGAACUAGAAGAUGACAGGAAAAGUGCCAACAAAAUAAUUGCAGAGUUAAAGGAUGCACACACAGUCUACCUAACAUGGAGAGAGCGUGGCUAUCACAUGAUGGAAAGAUGUAGAGAUUUGGUCCCAGUUAAUAAGAGAACAGAACCUGUAGAGGCCCCACUACCAGUCAAAGCUUUGUGUAAUUAUAAGACCAAAGAUCUAGAAAUCCGAGAAGGGGAAGAUCUUAUUCUCCUCGACAACAAAGAUCCUAACACUUGGAAGGUGAAGAACGCUGAUGGGAAAGAAACAACAGCCCCAGCAUUGAUAUUCCUCAUCCCACCACCAGAUAGUGUUGCAGUCGACAAAGUCAUGAAAUUACGAACACAACUUUUGGGCUACUGGACAGUUAGUAACAAAGUCCUGGGAAAGACAACUAUUUGGUUCAUGUGCCUAGUGUUUAGAGAAUGGUCUGAUGAUGAGAUCCAGAUGUUGAAAUCCAUGCCAGUAUCAAAGAAACAAGAAAUUUUGAGAAUCCUACAACUGAUAGAAAAUACCCUAGGUGUUCAUUGGUACAAGUACUCUGGCUACAUUGAGCUGCAAGAUAGGAUUCACAACCUGAGAAAAAUCAUAAGAGAUUCACUAGAUUAUGAAGGAAAAGAUGAUGCAGCCACUAGUCGUGUUGUGAUACAGGUGGAGACAUUGGAGAAGCUUUUGCAAGCUUACCAGAAUUUCUGGAAUGACUGGGAAGCCUACAAGAUCCUGGUAGAAAUCACCAGACAUCCCAAGUACAUGCUUGUAUGUGACAAAUGGGACCAACUCAACUUCGCAUCCACUGCUUAUAUUCUCAAGUACUGGCAUACAGAGUUUAGUGACAGAGAUCUUGGAGAGAGAGAUGAGACUGAUACUUUCUCAGAGACAUCUUCUGUCACCUCAAGAACCUACAGAAUGCAAGAUGUUCAGAAACAAAAGACUGAGGUUCGUAGGGAAAGUACAACAGCUGAGACGAGUCAGUACACAUCAGCAGAGAGAGAAGAAUCAACCAAGUUUGUCAUUAGGGCAGUUAUGGACCCCAGAACUGAUGAGGAAAUCUCUAUGAAAGAUGCAGUAAAGAGAGGAAUUAUUAAUCCUAAACUUGGCAUGUACAUUAACAGGAAAACUGGUGAGAAAAUGCCUAUCCCUAUGGCAAUGACUCAAGGACUCAUUCUGGUAGAAGCCAAGAAGACAGAGAAAACAGCAGAGAAGAAGCAAUCAUUGGGAAUCCUAAAGUUAACAAUAAGACGUGAGACUAAGCCAUAUACAGUGAUGGGUGUAAUCGACUAUAGAAAUGAUGAGGAGCUGACCAUUGAUGAGGCCAUUGACGCAGGAAUCUACGAUGAAGAGAAUGGUUACUAUAUCAACCCAGAAACAAAAGAAAAAAUUGCACUCGCAGAUGCAAUCGACCUCGGCCUCCUAACCGUUGAAUUCGAUGAACUCGACGAAAGCGAAUCAGAGGUCAUUACCAACACAUAUGCAAUCUCAGCAGUAGUCGACAAGAAAAAGAAAACGCGUGUAACAUUCCAAGACGCCAUUACAUCGGGAUUAAUCGAUAAAGAAGAGGGCGUGUACUAUGAUACAGAAACAAUGGAGAAAAUAGAAUUGAGUGAUGCGUUGAAAAAGGGAUAUUUGAAAGCCACUUUAGUGCAAGACCCGGAUACUGCUCUAACUCCUGGCUCUAAAGGCGAAACAUUCGACUUUUCAAAAAAAUAAUUGAUAAUGAAAAUAGAACGCGGAAUUUAAGUGGGUAGUAAUUUUUUGAUCACAAAAUAGAGACAUCAAUUCUAUAACUUGAAACAUGAAUGCAAUGAAAUGAUAUGCAGAGGCCAAAGUAUAAACUGGAGAUUUACAUGUAAGGGUAGACAAAUCUUCCAAGGGGUCUUUUUCCCCUUUAUCAAGAAUAGAUGCAUAAUAACUACAUGUUGAAUCUGAUGCA